AUGUUUCAUCGUCUACUGACUUUCCUUCUUACUCGCCUUUUACAUUCUCUCAACGUCGACUGCGAGCAGCUCACGGUUCGCUGGAGGUACAAUGGGGUGUUGCUUCUUCGUUCUCUGGCUCUGCGGAAUCGAGUUCUGUGUCAGCUUUUUGAGCUCAAGUCAGUCUAUAUACACUCGGUGCGUCUGCACAUCCCCUGGACGUUUCUGUGGAGCAAGCAAAAGUCGAUUUCAGUCCAUCUCGACACCGUCCUCGGCCUGGUCGCCGCGAGACCCGGCUCGAGUCGCGGCGGCAGCGACAAAACGCAGACGGAGGCGAGCAGCGGGAGGGACUUGUGCCCAGCUGCGCAGCUGAGUAGCCAGAGCGCCGGAGACAGCGGCUGGGAAAAGCGGAGGAGGAAAAGGGCGGAGGAGCGAAAGGAACGAAAGCGCUCAUUGCCUCCUUGCGCGGGGCUUGCUCACGAUGACCACGGCGGCGACGUAGUCUCCCCUGAUUCUCCAUCUGGAUCUUCUCAUCACUUGCCUUACUCCUCGAGCUCGGCUGCUUCUACGAAUGAUGAGCACUUCGCUGUCUGGCGAGAUACCGCUGGACACGACGAACCUACUCGAGGCUUGCGUGCCGCGGAAAGGUGGCUCGGGCCUGGCGGCUUGGUCUCCUCCCCACUUCCGGCCGCAGGCGAUAGAGGGCCUUCUCUACAGUCUUCUCUUCCAGGGCCGCCUCUGUCGUCGUCUUCGUCUCCUUUUUCCUUAUUCAAGUCUUCUCUGAGGCCACUGGGGGCUUUGUUUCAACGCGCACUUAACACGGUCCUACCUGCUUCUCUGUAUCCGUUCUCGCCCGCUCUGCCUUCCUCGCUGCUGCUCCAAGUCCUCAAGCGCGUCUCGAUUCACGUGACCAACGUGCACAUUUGUUUCGAAGACGAAUUCACUGCUCCUGCCUCGCCCUUCCAGUGCGGGCUCUCCCUCGCGGGGCUUCACUUCUCCUCUUCUCACCUCGCGCUUCCCGCCGCGUCUCCGCUGUCCCUCGCCUCCGCCCUUCCGCGCCGCGCUGCGGAGCACGCGCCAAAGGGCGGCCGAGGCUGCGACGUAGACCUGAAAGAUGCGGGUGCGUCUCCUUCUGCGACCCAAGGGCAAAGCGGCGGAGGCUGCGACGUAGACCUGAAAGAUGCAGGUGCGUCUCCUUCUGCGACCCCGGAGCAAAGCGGCGGAGGCUGCGACGGAGAGAGCGAGAGCAACUUUGAGUUGCACUCGUGUCUCUCUUCUGGGGAAGGGACCGGCGAGGAGGAGCCGUGGGAUGGCCUGAAGGGCGCCUUUGCGGACUUCCUCUUUCCGCGUGACGUGACCGGCGCGUCCGCCUUGGGAGGGGAGGUGGAGGACCCGUUCGAGCGCUUCUCGUCAGCGAGUGAAGCUGGAUCUUCUCGCUCGCCUCUGCUUUCCCCCUCGUCUCACCCGGCGCGCCUUUUGCCUCCGCCUGCAACUUCCGCGGCGCGGGCGUGCGGAUGCCGGCAGCCUGCAGCACUGCAUGGCGGCCCUGAGCUGGUCGCCACAGGCGGGCGGGGCCUGCGCGGCGGAGAGGAAGCCAGAGCGGAGGAGCGAGAAGAGGCUGCUUCUUCUGCAUCGCCUUCUCCGUGCCCUCUUCCCACUUCCUCCCUGCCGGCGUCUUUCGGGACGGCGCGAGUAGGGGCGGAGAGGCCCGCGGGCCUGCCGCCCCCACUCGCGCCUCCUCUCCCGUCGCCCGCGCGCUUUGCGGCUGCAGCGACGCUGGAAGCUCCUCCUACAGAGGGCCAGGUGUCUCCGCCGUUGAGCGACGGGGCGGCAGCCGAGGCGCUCGAUGACGCUGACGCGGGAGAUCCCUUUGCGUCGCUCUACGGCGCAGGUCCAGGAGCACUUCUAGAGGAGUCGCUGCAGAGAGCUGCCUCCGACCCCGAGCUGAGCGUUGCACGCGUCUCGGGGGACGCCAGCGACCAGCGUGCAGAGCCUGAGACGCAAGAAGUCGAGACUUCCGCAACACAAGGUGAACGAGAGAGGGAGACAGUCAAACCCUGCGCUGACGAGGAACGAGGCGAAAAAAAAGAGGAUGCUCAGGCGCAGAGCUACCGUGUAUGCGUAUCCGAGGCUGGGCGGGCGGCCGAGGGGGAAGGGGAGCUGUCCAGCGGAGAGACCCGCGCGGCGUGGCUAUCGCUCGGCAGGGAGUCGAAUUCUGCUCCACCCGUCUCUGGACCCGCGGGCCGCGGACCGCACUCGGUGCCCUCUCCCAGUUUGUCGUCUCGGUGCGUCCUCUUUUCGGCGGUGAAGCCCUCUGCGCCGUCCUCGGUGUCGUCUGCGCCGUCGUCUGCCUGUUCGCAGCCGGUGAUGGGGAGCCGAGCGGAGAGUCCGACACGCUCGCGGGAAGCGGGCGCCGCCGUUUCCAGGGGGACUCGUUCCUUCUUCUCCGCAUUUGCAUCGCGAGAGAAAGAGUCAGACCUCAUUCGGCUGAAACAGGUCGUGGAGGUCAACAGCCUGCGGGUCUACUGGAGAAGCAACGCGCGCGUUCUUCUAUCUCGCACGGAAGACCUUCCGCUGCGUAGACUCCUCGAGCGAGCCUCGCCCUCCUCGCUCUCCUCAUUCUCGUCGCGUGCCUCGCCUUCCUGUGCCUCGCCGCGGGGGGUGGCAGGCCCUCGCACGCCGGCGUCCGGUGGGGGGGUCGGAGACAGUGCAGAGCAAGUAACUGCGAGCGCCGAAGAACGAGAAGAAAGCAGCGACGCAGAAAGCGAUGGAGGACAGCCAAGGCCGCCCCGAGACGACGCGAUGGGAGCAGACGCCGAAGCAGCGUGGGACGUUUUGAAGCCUGCAACUCUGUCCGUUGUCACACUCACGACGAUCCAGCGAAACGGUUCGUCUAAACUGUUCACCCAACACCCACGCGCCGUGUCUUCAGACUGCCAUGUGCCCCGCGCUGGAACGUCGUCCGCUGCCUCAUCUGCGUCCUUCACCGCCUCGCAAGGCUCUUCCGCUCCGCGCCCUCCCCCGUUUCUUCAUCGGGCGAUGGAGACAGAGAUCAGGGCGCGUAGCGACCCUCGCCACGCCUUCGCAUCUCCGCCGCGUGCCUCGUCGUCGCGCACUCACACGACGGGCGGCCUCGAGGGCCCCUGGGAGUUCCGCUCGCCUCCUCUCGGUCCGCUGGAAAGGCCGGGCAGUUCUGCGCUGUUUUCCUCCUCUCCGCCCUCGUCUUGGCCGUUCGCCGGCGCUGCGGUGCAUGCGCCCCUGAGAGCUGCUUUUCCGUCGAAUACAGAGGAGCCGCGCCCUGCGUCUGUGGGCAGAGAACGCGGGGAGGCAGUCCACGCCCCUCCCACGGCCUCGCAUUUGGCGCCUGCCUCGAUUUCAUCGGCGCGCCUCUGCGCGCCUUCGUCUGCCGCUGCUUCGCAGUGUCUGUACAGCGUGUCGGCGGAAACGCGGGUCUUUUUGCCUGGGAUUGAUGUGGAGAUCUCGCGUGAGCAGAUUCUCGAUUUGCUACAUCUCCACGCUCGCGUUGCUUCCCAGUUGCGUGUGACGCAUCCCCACGCGUCGCCUUCAUCUCCUCCCUCUAGGUCGUCAUCGUUUUCUUCCCUGUCGUUUUCGUCCCUCGCCUCUCCGCGGCUCACAGUCCAGCGCCCAUCAUUUCUGCCUGCUUCGCAGCUCGCAGAGCGUGGGAAGGAAGCUGUGCCCGCGACGGGUUUGCGCAGAAGCGACGUCCAGUCUCGCCAGCCGUCCCACUCUUCCUCGCGCUCCUCCUCUUCGUCUUCUCGUACCUCUGUGUCGGCGCACAGCGCCCAUGCCCCCCUGCCGCCGCGGCCCCUGUACCUGCCUCCGCCCCUGCCUGCGCAUGACAGAGCAAACUCGCGUUGGUCUUCUUUGCCUCCUUCGCCCUCCGCGAGCGCGUCACAAACUGCGCCUUCCGGCUCGGUCGCCGGCGUUGCCGCGUCUUCCUCCGCGACUUCGUUGUCGGUUCACUGCCAUAGGCCCGCGGCGACCAUGACCUCGGGCGCGCACCGGCGCCCGCACGAACACGCAGGGGGGGGAGAGCGUUUCGCGGCCGGCGCUUGCGAAUCAAAUCAGCCAGCGGUCGCAGAAGCCAAACAGAGCCUAGUCGCGCUGUCGUCUCUGCAAGUCAGUCUGCGAAACGAGGUCACCCGCGUGACGUUGCACUGGCGAGAGAGCGCCACAAGGCCCGAGGGAGUCGUGAGAGAGGGCGGCGCGUUGCAGCCAGAAGAAGGUGAUUCCUGCGGCGACGAAGGUGGCCUCAGCUCACAGGGGAGCACGCCCUCGCGGACGGUUGGGUCCGGAACUCUUGAUUGCGUGUCGGCCUCCAAGAAGCGGAGCCCAGGCCCCGCGAGUCUUCUUUUGCAGCACCUCUGCGUGGAGGCGCAGAUCACGUCGUCUUCGUCUUUCUUCGCGUGUCCCUCGGCCGGCGAGGGAGUGCUGAGAGCAGGGACGCACAGACUAAGAAGGCGAGAAGAAGAGGAUAGAUCCUGGCGCUACCAGACAACGCCUAAAUCCACCUACGAACAUGCAAUGCCCGCACACGUCAAGGAGACUGCAGCGCGUGUCAGGCAUGCGCGUGAGCCAGCUGAGAUGAGAAACGAACGUGCCGCCUCGCCUGUAGCCUCUCGGUCGUCGUCCCGUCACAGAGGCGACCGUGGUAGCCCUUGUUGGGCGUCUGGCGGGCAGCACGGAGCCAGCGAAAGGGCGGAAGUCGAGGAGCCAUGCAGGCCAACAGGCAGCCACGCGACGCACACUGCCGGGUUACGUCUCCACACGUUCUCGCUUUCGUUUGCCUCGGUCGAAGUGCGCGACGAGGCAUGCGGGAUUCGAUUCGUAUGCACAGCGGCGGGGCCGAGACUGCGAAACCGCCUCGCCGCCGCGUCGCGGGCUCGCCUUCUAACGGAGGGAGAGGCCUGGCUUGGCUUCAGCGGAGAGAGGGACGGUGAGCCCUCGCAAGAGGCCCACAGGAGACAUGUCUUUGCUCGCUACUUCGACGUUCUUCCAUCUUGCAUCACGGCACGGCACAGCAGCGGGACAGGCUUCAUUCAACGCCAGGCGAGAGUCGAGGGCGCGGGACGAGACGAGACGCUUGCGUCACCUGAUGCGGACUCAGAAGGGAGUGCAGACGACUGUAGCGAUGAGGAUGCCUCACGCAGCCGAGGUCGUUCGUCUCCUGCGAGCUCGGUCGUGGAAUCCAGCUGUCCAGAAUAUCGGUCCCAGUGGGCUCUGCUUGAGGCGGAGAGACACCGCAUGCUGACGGAGGCGAGCGAGGCCUGCGGAGUGCUUGUGCACUUUCACUCCCCUCUCAGCGGUGCAGGAGCGCCUGCGUUCUCCACUGGGGUUCCUUCAACUCUGCCGUCGAUGUGCGAUGAGGGCGGAGAGGCCCGCGGCACCGAGGAAGCCUCGGCGCUUGACUUGUCGCCGUCGCUGCGAGCGUCUGAUUUUCUCAAAGGCGGCUUGUCUUUCUUGCAUGCGGCUCACAGCCAUCACGUCGACGGCGGCUCUCCGAGGGACUGCAGCCGUGCGGCUCUGCGAUUCCCGCCUUUCUCUUCAUCCUCCUCCCCCUCGGCUACGCCUCUCGCGAGAACCCGAGUGUGGGCGGGCAUGGAAGGGCCACGUAGGGACACAUUUUCGCAAGUCCUGCAGACGGAGGAGGAUCGCCCGCAAGAGGAAGGACGCGGCCGGGACACCAGAAGCCGGCAGGAGUCUUCUGAUAGGGGGCGAGCUCGAAGGGAGUUCCCACACGAGCGAGCUGCUUCUGCGCGCUCAGCAGCUGACCGGUCGGAGUGUCUCUCGCGCUCGAGUUCGUCCCUGUUUUCUGCGCCAGUCGCGCCUCCGUGCGGCUGCUGUCCACGGGUCUCCGCGAGCGCCUCGCGGUCGUCGUCCUCCUUCCUUUUCUCUGCUUCCCUGUCUGCGCCUUCGUCUCUCGUCUCUCCGCCGUCUCUCGCGUCUCCGCUGUUCGCCGCGUGCUCGCCUCCGCAGCCCGCUGAAGCUGUUACACACGAACUGUUUGCGCGGUGCGGCAGCCUCUCGGGCGUGGCGGACUGCCGGCGCAUUGAGCAGCAACUCCCGUCUCUCUUGUCCUUCGUCUCUCGCCUUCGCGCUACCUCAGUGUCGCCGCUUGCGGACGACACCGCAAGCGAGGAAGGGUGUCAAGAGGACGAACCCACUCCGAGAGGACAGCGACACGAUGAAGGCACAGGGGGCGUGGACGCAGACAAACCCAGAGGGCAGAACGCCUUUUCUUCUCUGUUAUCUUUCGGUUCGGUGCAGGGGCCUCCGCACGCCGUGGCGCUCGACGCUGCAGUUGCUGGCAGCUCAUUUUCGCUCCUUUCUCAUCCUCUCGCCACCUCUCCGUACGCGGCCUGUUCGUCGUCUGCUUCCUUCCGAUCUUGCCGCCUUCUCUCUUCGCGUACUCGACGUGGGCGAGCAGCGGGCCUGAGACGGAGCCGCAGCGACGCGCCCACAGCAGCCGAAACUGAAAGCAGAAGAAGCGGGGAGGCUGAGGGAGAACCCGCCCGAGGUGCGGCUGAAGGGGAUGAAGGAGAUUGCAGCGACACAGAGCUCUCGCACGCUUCAGGCAUUCGCCUCUCUCUUGGGGGCUUGCGGCUUUCAGCCCUACUGCCGCUUCCCUUCUCUUGUGGAUGUGGCGGCGCGAGCCGAGCCGACGUAGAGGCAAACGAGGCGCUUCGCGGUCUCCACAGGCAGGCGACGUGUCUUUCUGCCGAGGCGCCUUUGCGUUUCGCUUCGCCUCUUUUGUCUUCAUUUCCGUCGUCUUCUGCCCUCGGCACGACCCACGAGGCCCGCGCAAUCACACGCCCCUCGAGCAGCGGCGAUGUGCAUCCUCCAAGCCCAGGAACAGGGGAAGCAGGAAGGAGCGAGGCCGCCGCAGGCCUUCGGCACGCCCGAGCGGCCUCUUCGGCGCGACAUGCGUCAUGCUUCGAGAGCGAAGCUGAGUCGCAUUUCACGAGGAAGGGACGGCAAGGCCCCACGCGCAGUUGCAGCAGAAGACGGAGCCUCAGCUGCCGCAGCGAGGGAACAGACAGCGAGCACCCAGAGGCGCGCUCUGUCCUGCUGCGCGAGCCGGGGGAGUCUCGGAGGGGCGGCGGGCUUGCGAGGCCUUUAUCCAGCGGCCAGGCUGGCGAAGCGUGGCUCAGCGGCUCGUCUUUGACUUUGCACCUUGCUCGCGCUCGUGUGCAUCUCGACCUAGACGACAUCUCCCUCGCGGUCGCCGCGUCCCUGCCGCUUUUUGCGCGCGCCGUGGCGGAGGCUCAGGAACAGUUUCCGAGGAGACAAAUGGCUCGAGCGGGCAGACACACGGCGCUGCCUUUCCGGCGUUUCGUUACCGCUCAGAGUGAAGCCACAGACGACGUGGAGCAAGACGUAGAGGAAGAACAAAGUGGCGAUAUCAGCGUGGCGCUGCGGCUCGCGAGCACCUGCAAUACGCUCGGAUGCGCCGCCGCCGCGUCGGCUCCCAUCUGGAAACCCGUCGUCAUGCCCAUCUCCAUCCGCGUUGCGUCGGCGUGUCUGCCCCCCAGAGGCUUCGCCUCCCUCUCAGCGGGAGCUGCGCGGAAGCCCAACGCAUGCAGCGCUGCCGCGUCCCCUGCAGCGCCCUCCACCGCCCCGCCGCAUGCCGCGGGCCGUUCCGCGGCGUCGCCGGAGGCCUCUCGGCUCGCCUCCCAGCCCUCUCGGGUGUUCACGUCUCCCUCACUGCCGUCUGGCGCUUCUGCAUCGCGUGCAGGCUCACGGUGGGCGGUGGAGAGUCGCCGGAGGUCAGACAUUUUCGCUGGCAACAGCUCGAGCGCCAUUGCUGAAGCCGGCGACCGCCACGCAGAGAAGGGCGAGCUACGGCAGAAAGGUCACGGGGAGGAGGAAGCUUCAGAGGACGACGGAGGCCGAGCGACGCCUUUCAGAGCAGACGGAGGCGAGACAGCCGCGGCGCCCUGCCUCAUCCAAGUGGAGACUUGGAUCAGCCCAGUCGCACUGGUCUUGACGAAGGAAAUGCUCGGAGUCACAUCCGCCUUCGUCGCGGCUUCGUCGGCCUUUUCUGCGGCCGCCGUACCACGGCAGCCGCCCUUGGCGAGCCGAGCCGAGAGUGAACCGGGCGGAGGAGAGGCUGACGAAGACAGCCAGGAGACCCGCGAGGGAACACGGGAGCGCCGAGGACUGGCAAGAGCCCCUUGGCCUACUGGUGCCCGUGGAAGCGAGGGUGCAUGCGGUUUCAACGAGAGAGAAAAGCGACAGAUGAGCGGCAGACUGGAGCAAGAGGUUGGGCGGUCAGCCGCAGCAGAGAACGAGAACGAGGCAGGCCGCCGCGCUGGCCUAUGUGCGUCUGCAGAAAACCGUCACGAGGGUCGGUCGGCGGCGCGCGGGAGACACGUAGGCGCGAGGGAGAUUCCGAGGCCGCGAGUUGCGCAGCGCCCGCCGUCUGCGUCUGCCUCAGCAGUCGGAAGUCCCGGCGAAGAAGAUCUUUCUUUCUUCUCGGACACUGAGAUCUGGGCGCGUCCGAGCUCGCGGACUCGGUCUCAGGUAGCCGCGUCGACGCCGGUGUCGUCUUGGCUGUCCCCGCGAGCAUCUGCGCGAGCCUUGUCGGCUUCCAGUUCGUCUGUGUGCGCGUCGGCGCAGUCGCCAGGUGGCCUCUUGAUGGACCUCAACGUGACCUGUCUGCUUGCUGUCCGUCUAGAACAACUUUACAUCCGCUACGAGCACGGAUGCUCGGCAGAGAGUCGUUCGCACCGUUUCCCGGCGCCGUCUGUUUCCUGGUCGUCAUCCUCUCUUCUCAAGUGUCAUGCCUCGACUUCCAGUACCGCAGAGACUGAAAGCGAGAAGCUAAAGGGCGACGCCCCGCGCUGGGAAUGCCGCAGCCAGCACGCGUCCGCAGAGGGUCUAAGCGACCAAGAACGCAUUCGGCUCAUGCACGGAGAGGCGUCCAUGCUCCAACCUUUUCGACUGCUGCACUACGCUCUAGACAUGCGAGGACUUGUCGCCCUUGUCCUCGUUUCUCCUCAUCCUUUGUCCUCAGCCGGGUCUCCGCCUCGCCUUGCGCGCGGGCUCCAUGGCCUGGGGACAGCAAGAAGUAUCGAGAUAGAUCAAUCGCUCUCGUUUUCGAGCUGCGCGGGUUCGCCGGAAGUCUCGCGCCUUCCGUCGCCUCACCAGCUGCGGUUCUGUGCAGCGAGCCACGCGGCAACGCAGAACGGCCAAGAGGCGCAGGGGGCGGAGGCUGAGUCAGAUUGCGGAGAGGCGGCGAGCGGAGCUGGUGGGCUGCCGCGCGGGCCGGAGGAAGGCUGCCUGCUUCUCCGGGCCUGCCACGUCCAUCUAGAAGGCCUCGAUUUCCUUGAGCACGCGUGCGCUGGAGGCGCGGAGACCCCUGAUGACGACGAGCCUGACGGAAGUGCGUCAGAGGACUGGGAGGCCGAGAGUGAGAAGGAGAGAGAACGAGACUGUCUUCUGCCGUCGCAGCACGGAAACGUGCUUGCGUUCGCGUGCCCGUCGGCGCUCAACCUGGCUGUCGCCGCUGCGCCGUUCCUCUCACGCGAAACCCAGGGCACGACAGACGAAACACGACGCGCCACGAGGAGCCACAGCCGUACAGAAGACGCUGAAGCGAUUGCGGCGGUGAGCAGCGAGAGAGAAAAGAGCGUUGGUCGAGGGAACGGCUUCAUCACAUCCUCUCGCUCUUCGUCCCUGUCACGUCGCUCAGCACGUGGGGCUUCGUCCUCCUCUUCGUCCUCGCCGCCUUCUGCGUCCUCUGUGUCGUCGCCAGAGACACGAAGCGGCGGAGGCCAGGCGCCCGCCCCGCUUCUGCAGAGCCGCUUCUUUUCCUUCCCCACCCUCUCGCCGCAGCGCUCAGCCCCACCGUCUCCUCUCGCGCUGCCGCCUUCGCCGCCUCCUUCGCCGCCUCCUUCGCCGCCACCUUCGCCGCCUCCUUCGCCGCCACCUUCGCCGCCUCCUUCGCCGCCUCCUUCGCCGCCACCUUCGCCGCCUCCUUCGCCGCCACCUUCGCCGCCUCCUUCGCCGCCUCCUUCGCCGCCUCCUUCGCGGCCGCCGCUGUGGACGACCACCAGCCCUGUGCAGGCGGUCCUGCUCUCUUCUUCUUCAGCAGGACCGUCUCCACUGGCUGCCUCGGUGUGUGCGCCGCCCCGCGUGCGGCCCCGUGUUCCUUCGCUCUUUGGGCGGAGACAGGGCACUGCAGAGGCGACAGCGCAGGGCCUCACUGGCGGCGAGGGGCCUGAGCCGGCGCCCGAAUCCGCGGCCGCAGCCGUCUGGUCUGUCUCAUUCCUCAGCGCGCUGCCGCGGCUCCUUCCCGUCCCUCCUGCCGUCGUCUCCGGUCAAAUGUCACGGGAGGCUCCCGCGGGCGAAGCGCUGCGUGAGAGCAGCGGAGGAACGGGCGCCGCGUCGGCUGCGGGUUCCGCGAAUGUCCUCUCGUAUCUCUGCCCGGCGCUGCAAUCCGCGGAGUGGCUGGAGCAUGACGAACAAAGCGAGGAUCCCGAAUCGAAGAGCGAGCCUGCGGCGUGCUCUCUGUCGUCUGCCUUCUUGUCGCGUUCUUCGUGGACGCGGGCAGCUGCGGCUUCCUCCGUCGCGCCUGCGACCACUUUCGUCGUGUUCCAGUAUUGCCUCUCUCUGCGCGCAGCAGAGGAGGCGGAGACGGAGUUCCAUUGCCGCGGGAGCUGCGAGUCGGCAGCUGCGCCGCGCUCUCGGCGCUGCGCCUCCUCCUCGUCCUCGCUCUCUUCACUUCCGCAGGAAGCCGCCGACGCAGGCCGCGGCAGAACCGAGGACAAGCCCCUAAACGCAUCGGGUGUUGCAGGUCGAUACGCCAGCGCCAGGCGCGCGGACGGGUCCGCGCGAGACAGUUUUGCGUGGUGGGCUCGGGUGCAGGUUCGCGCGGCGAAUCUCGACGCCGCGGUCUCCGACUCCGGCCUCAAGCGCCUUCUCUCUGUCGCCGCCGCACUCAAGGACGCGCUCGACAGACAAGCCGAGAGGCUGCGUCAGAUGCAGUCGGGAACCAACGCGGACCGGCUCAGCUUGGCGCCUCCGCUGCGGACUGCCGGCGCCGCUCCAGGGUCUUCGCUUUCCUCGCCUGCGCUGCUCCGCCUGUUUCCUUCGCCCAACCCAGGCCCGCGCCGCAUCCGUGUGCAGACUGAGGAAGUCAGAGGGAGAAGGAGUGACGAGGACGAGACAUGCCAAUCAGGCCCCUGCAUGCGGCUCUCACCCGCAGACGCAAGCGGAGGAGACGGCUGCGUCUCUGUGGAGGUCUCUUUGGCUUCCCUCCGCUGCCACUGCAUUCGCGACGAACCCUCUGACAACAGCCGCAAGAGCCAGGGGCUGGCGCUUUCCCUCGCGCCGAAAAGGGCGCUCGGGAGGCCAGCCGCCGCUUCUUCGUCGCAUUUUUCAGGACUCCGCGCUCUCUCCCCCCUGUCCGCCUCCGGUGCCUCUGACGAAGCCGCCUUGCCCAACGGGGGACAGACCAGCGAGCCAGAAACCGAGCGAGGUAGGCGCCGCAGUCGGCAGCCGGCGGCGGUUGCCGGGAGAGGCUCAGACCAGCCUGGCGCGUGGUGCGAGCGACAAGACGAAGAUGCCUUCGAACGGCGGAGAACCCGGAAGGGAACAGGGAGAGAGCGACGCGCUAGACAGCUGAGAGAGGAAAGCGUUCACCUCCAGCGCACGCCCAGCCGCACGACGGGCUCGAGAGAGGAGGGAUGCGGCGACACGUCGCACCGGAGACGCGCUACAGCCGCGAGCCCCCCUGGAUGCAGCAUCGGUCGCGACUAUUUUCGCACGCUUCCUUCUCCUUUCUUCUCCAUGGCUGCGUCGAAUCUGACGCUCCUUUGCGGCACACGCCUCUGCUGCGCUCCGCUGCGGACUUGGCGCGUUGCGCGGCGGGAGACGCGGCAUUCGUCAAACAGAGCGCGAGUCAACAAGGUGUCAGCGGCUGGCGACGAAUGGGGAGAGGAUCACGAGACGCGUCUGAGCGAGGAGAGAAGGCAGGGAGAGAAAAACGCCAAUAGGGAAUCCGCGGCGUGGCACAUAGCGGACUGGUUUCUCCUCGGCGCAGGGGUCGAAUCGAUACAUGCGGUCGAGAGUCCCAAACUCGUGUCGCGGCCGCCACGCCCCUCUCGUGCUCACUCCAGCGCGCGCCGGAGGGCCUGGGGGCGUCCGGUGGCCUCGCCAGCCUCUGCUCUCGCGCCAGCCCGCAGCCGAAGGGCGCAGCCAGAAGGAGUGGGCGCGCGGGACGUGUCUUGCGAAAGGACAGAAGUACUCGUAUCGAGGGCGUUUGAGGAAGGAGAAGACGAGCUCAGCUGCGACCACAGGCCCCGCCCCGGAUACGGCGUGUGGCUCGCACUCGUCGGCGCGCAUCAGACGGCAGACGGCGAUGAGGCUGACGCACAGGCGCCUGCCGGACGCGCAGUCGGUGGCGGCGAGCACGCAGUAGACUUGGAGCAUGCAGGAACUGAGCGAGACGGAGGAGAGAGCCGCAGCCAUCCCCAUCUGCUGCACCGCAGCCACUCUGCUCGCGCACAGUCUGAGGGGCUCUCUGCAGCCCCGUCCUCUCGGAACUCGUCGCCUCGAGCCAGCAGCGGCUCCGGCGGGCGGGGGGAUUAUUCGCCGUCCCUUCCUGGGUCGUCGGCGUCUCGUCUGCAGCCCCACGGAGGCAGUCGGGCGAAGCGCGGCGGGGCGAUUCGGCGCGCACGGUGCGAGGUCCGCCUGGGACAAGUCAGCGCGAGACUCGGCGUCUCCUUCAUUUUGCGGACGAUGUGGUGGUUGUACAAACUCAGCAUGGGCGUGCGCCGAGUCGCCGCGCUGUUUCCCUCGGCGACCGCAGCCGAGCGCCGCAGGGCCGCAGACGCCGACGCAGAGCCCAAGAGACUCAGAGCCGCGGGCGCGUCGAGGGAGACAGGGAACGGCUCACUGGUGGAGCGGAUGGAACGGAGACACGCCCCAGGCUAUCCCGCGGCCGAGAGGGGGAGACACGGUGACUGGGCAUGGGAGAGAGAGUCAACAGGACAUCAAAGGAGCGCAAGCAUUCAAGACGUACUUGAGGCGCGAGACAAAGUGGUGCGCCCCUCGUGGAGAAGGGGACCCGCGUGCGCGUCGCCGUCGCUUUCUUCGUCGGGGGAAAGCAGCAGACACGUCGCAACAACGUCUCGACGCGUCCGUUGCCCUGCCUCCUUAGACUCCUCCUCUUCGCUCUCGCGUUCUCUCUCUCUGUCGUCGUCUCCCUCCUCGCCAGAACCUGUCUCGCCGCAGAGAGCGGCGGCCGCGGUCCGGUGCAGUGCCGCAGAAGAGAAUGCGUGGAGGGAUUCACGGCGGUCGUUCUCCUCGACUCCCUCCUCGCCGUCGCCGCCCUCCGCUUCGUGGUCUUGGUCGUCGCCUCCGUCGUCACCCGCUCUAUUCUCGCGAGCCUCAUCGCUUUCCUCCGCGGGCCGCAGGAGCGCGGAGUCGUCUCCGUUUGGCGCGCGAUCUCCGAAGCUGUUGCAGGACGCCCUUCGUCUGUCCUCAGGAGUAUUGGCGUCCUCUGUGGCGUCGCCUGCGUGUGCCGGUGCGCCCGUCGCCGCUCCCGUCUCUGAAGGGAACGCCGUCCGCCUUUCAUCUCCCCUGUUUUCCUCCUUCCCUGUCGUCGAAGGCGUGUGCAUGCACACGGGUCGGCUGUUCCUUUCUUUCGGCGCCGACCUGGUCGCUGCGCCGUCUGUCGAGCUGCGAUCCUCACACGCUUUCCUGGCAGUCCCGCUACCCUCGCCCGGCGGAGCCCACGACGUGGCGGGACUCUACGCAGCGCGACGCCGUGAGCCAAACGCAGCGGCGAGGCAGACCGAUCCGCGCUCGGCGUCCUCCAUGUCGCACUCGCGGCUUCACGAAGGAGAGCGACGCUGGGGCGGAAGGGCAAGUUGGCACCGCGCAGGCGCCGGGCGCCCCAGCACGGAGAGCACGCAGCUGCCUCCCACUUUCUCCUCGCUUCUCCCGCCCUCGGAAAUCGUGAAACUCUCCGCCAGCGGCCCACUUUUUCACGACAAGCCGAUGCGCCAGCACACAGCGAAGGCUACUUGUCCCGCGUUCGCCUCUGCUUUUCGUAAGUCGAGUGAGGCUUCCUCGUUCUUCCGCUCGCCGGCGCCUCGGCGCGCCCCUGCGGACGGGGACGCGGGCGCGUGCUCACGGGCGAGCGCGCCUCAGAGAGAGACGCAAGGCUUCCAACGCGGGCGGCAGACGUGCGGCGGCCGCGAGGCGGAGGGGGAGCGUCCCACAGGGGCCGGGGAGGAGGGCGCAGCGCCGCAGGGCAAGACGCGGCCGCCUGCUCCCCCGCUUAGCCUCUGGGCAUCCGGUGGAGACUUAAAGACCGGGACGUGCAUCUCCGUUUUUUCGAGGUCGCGGGCGGUGGGUAGCGACAGGGAGGGUCAGGCGCGCGGCGAAGGAGGAUCGUCGGCGUCUCCGAAUGGCGGCCUGAAGCGAGGCGAGACAAGUAGGGCCUGCGCCCUGCCCACGUCCGUUCUCCCGACUCUCCUGGUGCUCCAGCCGGUCUCCGUGUCUCUCCACUAUCCACUGGCAGCUUCGACGUCGUCCGGCACCUCGCCGGCUGGGUCGCGACCGUCCCCUUCGUGCAGUCGCUUCGCUUGUCGCGUGGCGGAAUACUGCGCCAGCGACUCUGGGAUGGAGAGCGAGCCGCUGGUGUUUUCAGAUUGCGUGCAAAUUGUCAUCCCGCCUGUUCCGCCUUCGGGGGAGGCCGCUGGAGGAGACAAAGCAGAGAGACGCCUGCUCCAGAGAGCAGAGAGAGGCCUGCUUUCGUAUUCGGACGCCUUCGCCGGUGCGGCAGCGCCGCCGCCGCGCGAUGAGAGCUCCUCGGAACCUUCUCUGGGUGGUGACAAGCAAGGGGACGCUACACGUCUUGCCCAGGGGAAACGAAGGCCGUGCUUGCACUUUCGCUUUCUCGCUAUGUCGCCGCCCUCACGUCCGCCACCUUCUGAGCGUCGCUGCGUCUCGUCUCACGGCAGCCCUGGCGAUGCGCGGAAAGGCCGCAGCCUCGAAGGCUCGUCGUGCGAAGGGGUCGCUGCACAGGAAUGCCGAGGUCGGCGGCGGGCGUUUGAGGGCAGUCGACCGAGUCGCCUGACCAGGCGCGCGCCGCGUGACGUCUCUUCGCUUUCGUCUGUCCACGGGUUUUCUGCUCGCGCUUCAUCACGGUCUUGCUCUCCUUGCGUCACGCGAUCUGCCCCGGCUCUGUCCUCUGGACCUCUUUCGUCUGCGGCGCCGACCCGAUUCCCCUUCUCAUGUGUCGGCACGCAUCCCUUGGUUUCUCCCGGCGUGGCCUUGCUUUUUUCUUCUCCGCCGUCCUCGUCUCUAUCCUGGCGAGCGAGCAUCGCCCCGCGGCCGUGCCGAGGCAGCGGUCUGUCUGCGUCCGUCUCUGGGAAGGGCCUCGACUGGCUGGCGACGUGGGUCGCUGCAUGCCUCCAAACCGCUCUCCAGACCGCAAAGAUAAUCGCUGGCCCGCCUCCGUCGCCUUCGUCUUCCACGGAGGACUUGUCUGCCUCGUCGUAUCGCACGUCGGUCGUUUCUUCGUCCUCGACUCGCAGGGCAAAGGCCGCCUCUCCCGCGCCGUCGGCUGCCUCGCCGCCGUCGCUCUCGGAAUCGAGUCUCCAGAAGUCGCCGGGGAAGCAGUUGCAGGAGAAGCUUCAGCGCUGGUGGAACGAGCCCUCGCCCUUCGACCUCCGCGUGUCCAUCCAGCGGCCUGCCGUUCACGCCGUCGGGGGCGAAGAGGCCUUCGAGCGGGAGCUGCUCAGCCUGCAGGCGCGGCGCGACGACGCGACAACGGGAAGCGAUUGCGGCACGCUGACGAGCAGCGAGGAAGACGACAAAGGCGGUGAACGCGGACUCGGAGGCAGCGAGGAUGCUGGCGGACCCCGCGAGGCCGGAGGAGGCGCAUCCGGUGAAGAGGGCGUUGAGACGAGAGCGUCAGAGCUCGCCGGAAGAAUGCCAGACGACUGUGAAGGCGCCGACGAAGGCGACAGCCUGCAGGCGAUAGAGAGGCGCAGCGAACGACGAGGAAGUGGGGGGGCGAGCCCGACUGAGGGACCAAACGAAAGGAGAGGAGAGGGAUGUGUCAGUCGGAGGCGGGGGACGACGAAGCGGCACGAGCGUCGUUCGCUCUCUGUCUCGCACGCAUCUCUCGUUAUGAAUGGAAGUAGCAUGUGCCCGUACCCGUUCGUCUCUGUCGUGGCGACCCACUUCGACGUAUUUGUGGGCUACACGAAGGCGUUCGUUUCUUCUCUUCAGUUCAAAUGCAGAGGCCCUCGCGUCUUCGCGGGUGCGCGGCCCUCGGCGCGGAGCCAACUGCGCUCGCUUCUCGCCUCUGUGGAGGCGCAAGAAGAGGACGAGGGCGAUCUUACUCAGGGAACGGCAGAAGGCGAGGAGCCAGAAGGACACAUGAGGGAGAACGGCGGACGACGGUCAGAAAAGGGCCUGUCGUUUGGAGUACGUGCGCGAAGGGACGAUGAUGAAGAAGAGCAAAGCGUAGACAGAGCCUUUACAGCGAGACACGACGGGAGCAGGACGCACGGAGGUCGCGGCAGGGGGGCCGCCUGCGUCGGAAGGCGACCGUCGUCCGCUUCUUCGGUUGCGCCUCCCUUUGUCUUCAUUUACCAGAUCUUCUGCGGCUCGCCAGAGAGCGCAUUCGACGUAGAUGCUGCGGCCCUCGUGUUUCCGCUCAGUUUCCCGGCGCUGCCGUCCCUGUCGGUGAGCGAUUUGAGCCGACGCGCGUUACCUUCAUCUGCCUUUUCGAUGUCCUCUGCCUCGCCGGUCCCAGAAGAGAAGGACACCCUUAUGUUUUGUCUCUCGGUUGUUGAGCUGCCGGCGUCGUCACCGGCGCCAAUCGGCCGCCCGGGCUCGACCGGGUCGUCCUUGGCGCCUCCCUAUGAGGCCGCAUCGAGGCACGGACGCGCUUCCGGCGAUGGCGAGGAAGCGCGCCCCGGCAAGCGCUGCGAUUCGUAUUCUCUUCGGGAGCGCCGCGGCUGGAGGGAUGGGCUAAUGGACGGCAUGCGGGGCGGAGACGCAAGCAGGAUGUCGCCGUCUCGCCGCGUUCCUUCUUCGCCUGUCUGCGUUGAUGCCGAUCCAGCUGAGCUGCUCGUCCGAGAGAGGAGCUACAAACCGCGCGGCAACGCAUCCGCCUCUGCGUCUGUGUAUCCGCUGGACGAGGCGUCGGCCUUUCGACCUUCUGGCAUCGCGUCCUCUGUGCCUCCCGUGGAUUCCUCGCCUGCCGCGCCGCACGCCUUCGACGCUACGGUGCUUGCAGUGACCCCUGAGGCGUCGCUGGCGCUGCCCCUGUUCCUUCUCUCGGAUGCCCAGUCGCUCGCCCGCUCUUUCGCGGCGGCCCUCGCGAGCUGCGGGGAGAAGCUGGAGCGCGUGCAGAGCCAAAUCGCUGCCGCGGAUCCCACCGCGAGCGACGACGCGUCGCCUCUGGCAAGCAGUGGCGGCGGGUCGCCCCGCGCUUCGAUCCUGUUGGCUUCCGCAGGCCCGCCGUGUUCUCCGUCCUCGUUCGCGGUGUCUGCAUCGCCUCCUUCUCGCGCUGCCUCCGGCGCAGCGGAGCGUCUAGCCAGUAGCCUCGCGUGCGCGUCUGAGGAGGACAAGGCGGAAGGAGAAGCCCAUCGUUCGCGGCGCCCACUAGGCGAAAGCGGCCUCCGUCGCGAGGGGAGGGAGAGAACUGCGGAGGCGCGGAGACGGGGCGAGGCCUUGUGGAGCGCCGGGGCAAGUCACGCCCCCAGAGGAGGCGCGGGCGCCUGCCGCACUUUGGCUCACGAAGCGACAACUAAGGAACGCGCGUUUGACCCAGCACAAAACGACCAUGGAGUCCUGGCGCAUACGGUCGCCUCGUCGCCCUCGUGUUCUGCGGCGCAGCUGCCUCUCUUCAUCUCCUACUCGCCUCUCUCCCUCCGUCACCAUGUGGCUAUCUGGAGCGAGCAGCACGGGAUAGUGGACGGCGGCAGUUCCGCUUCUUCCGCUGGGCCUCCUCGGCGGGUGCCUGCGGCUCCAUACGUGCAAUCGGCGGCUGGCAGCGGCGCGAUGGAGAGGGACAAUUCCCUGCAGCACAAGUCUUCGAGACGGCACGCUGAACGAACAGACGUGUCCACGCCAGGCGCCUCACCCAAGCCUCCGGAGACCUCCUGUCGGCUUGCCUGUUCCCUUAAAGUGAACUCGCUCUCUGUGUGGGUCUCCGACGCGCCUAUCGCCGCUUUGACAGCGCACGCGAGCGUACCGAACGAACAUGCAGGUGGCGCGAGUAGCACGUCAAGGACGGAGUUUCGAAGUGACGCAGAAACUGAGGACGAGGAGGCAACGCUCUGGAAGAGGCUGAUCAGAAGGCAAAUCGCUUGCGUGACAAAAGACGCGUUUGGUGGGUCUUCUCACUCCUGGCAGCGGCAGACGGCGUGCCCGGACUGGGUUGCUUCUUCGGUGGCCUCGCCGGUAUGUUUGUCAGGUUUCGCGUCGUCGGCAUCGGAAUCCUCUCACGAGAGAGGUCGCAAGAGGCUUCCUUUCAUCCACGAGGCAACGGGCGAAAGGGCAUCCCGCAGGAGACUCCCCGCCGUGCGCGAGAAGGCAGGGCGCUCCUCGCCAGAGGCUCCCUCCCGGCGGCCGCACCAUGCGCCCUCUUUCUCGUCGUCGUGUUCCUACUUCUCGUCAGCCUCGUCGUCAGGCUUCGGUACCCGCUGUACCGAACGGCGGGGCGUCGUCUCCACUCUCUCCGACGCCUCGUGCUCCUCUUGGUCGUCUGCUUCGGCGCACCCCAAGGCGGCUUCACGACCGGCGCGCAUGCGGCGAGGCGCGGCGCCCAGGUCUCACCAGACCUCUGGCGCCUCUUGGUCUCGCUCGUCGUCAUCCACGAGUGCGUCCUCUGGUGCCGUGAGGGCCGACUGGCGAGCCUGGGAGGGGGGUGCCUGUUCCUCCGCCGCGAUCCCACCUCCCUUCCGUCAAGCCCGGAGUCGGUGCCUACUGCUAACGACGGAGUUGAGUGCCCAGGUCACGAGUGAGAACUUGUAUGCCCGCAGCGACGCACCUCUCCCCCUCGAAGGCCAGGGCUCGACCGAGGGCGAACCGUCACGCCCGCUCUCCAUCGCUUGCGCGGCGUGUUCGCCUUCUCAGGCUUCGUCUUCGUCCCUGGCGGUUUCGUCGUCGCACCUGGCGGUGCUCGCAUCCUCCAGGAUGCCGGGUGGCAACGCGUCGCCAGCGUCGACGGCGAGACGGGGGGGGGACAGCAGCAGCCGGAGCCUGUCGAUGAGCUCGCCCCAGCUGAGCGAGGCGGGCGACGUCAACGCUCAACGCGGGCACCACAGCGGGCGGGAGGGGACCAAGUCCGCAGAGACGCUAGCCUGGUUUCGCGCCCUGCGCGGCUCUUUGGCGGCAGGAGGGGGUUUUGAGCGAGCCCCCGCGCCAGAAGGCGACGAGGAAGGCGAGACGCGCACGCAACCCGAUCCUCCGAGCUCGUCCGCAGCGGCUGUGUCGUCAGCGGCGCCUGCUGCCCCCGUCUUUGGAUGCGACGAGACUCGAGGCUUCGCUCGUGGACCAGAUGCGGCCGCUGGCAGACACCAGCCUUCCGCAGCUGUCUGGGGAUCGGUGCGAGACACGCAGAGAGCGGCGGACAAGGCAGGACAGUUUGGUCGCGGGAGCGCUCGGGCGGGGACGAAACCGGCCGGAGGCGCUGACGGCCUCGAGGCUGCUCUGCUGCUGGCUACUCCGCCUCCGUUCUCAGUGAACAUCAGUCUGUCCUCAUCUACGGCGCUGGUGGGAGAUCUGGCUCUUCUGCCGGCGUGUGUCCUGCUGCCUUUGUCGGGAAGCCAGCGGCGAGAGAGCACUCGGAGGCAGGCGUGGCACGGAGAGGAGGACUCACGCAGAGCAGACGGCUGCGCAGCUCUUUCCGGCGUCCCCUCCGCCGCAGGCUGCAGGCCUCAGGCUCUCCCGCCUCCUCCGCGUGGAGUGAUUGUGCUAGUCUCCUGGCCAGCGGUGCACGACUGUCGUCUCUUUCGGCUGCCGCAACUGUCCCUUGCUAGUCCGCCGACCCCCGCGUCUUCUUCCUCAGGCUCGCCUGCUGGUGCGGCGUCGCCGCCGUCCUGCGCAGUCGUCCAUUUCCUCUCUCCUGCCGCCGGGCACGGUUCGCUGGAGCUCUCGACUUGCCCUCCGCCGCUCCGACCGGAGCGACGGGGUAGCCGCGCCACGCCAACCCACGCGCCGCACAGCCACAGCAGGGGCGAACUGGACGCUCGCGCCCACAGCCGCGUCUCGUCGGGCGAGUGUCUGUCCGACGGGGAGCCAGCGGGUCGCCGCCGAGAGCGAAGGCGCCAGAGAGCCCGGCGGGAAGACUCGGCGGCGCGACCUGCGCUGGGAGACAGCGACGGCGCGCGUGAGCAGAACCGAGCGGACAUAGGAAGGUCGGAGAUGGGAGACGGGCUUCGCCAGAAACGGAUGCGGGCCUCUCCCAGCACACGUGUCGAGAGGUGCGUGCUGCGCAGACGAGAGGAGCGAAUUCCUCGAACAUCUGCGUCCUCUCAGGACGAAUCAGUAGGGGGACGGAGUGAACACAGCGCAGGGCGAGACAGUCAAAACGAUGUUGGCGCUGUCGCCCUCACGCUGAUCAGGCAGAGCGACCUGUCGCUUCGUCCGCUGCUGGAGCAACCGAUCGAGUUCUCUCUCCGAUUUUCGCUGUCGCACGCGCCCGCGACAUCUCCGGCCUCGGCAUGUUUGCCUUCCUGUCCCUCCGGACGCUGCGCGGCGAGCAGAGGCCCUGCCGACGAAAAUCGCCGUCUGUUGUCUUGUCGUGCCUUCCUCUUCUGCUCCCCAUGCCGCCUCCUUCUGUCAGCUGCGGACGUGCUCCUUCUCCGAGCCUUUGGGGAGGACAUACAGCUUCUGCUGCGGAAGGCGGAGGAAGAAUCCGACCAGCGAGAGCUCCUCGCCGCGCUUUUCAGGCGAGUGGCGCAUUCGCUCCCUCGGGGUGAGAAGCGCGAAUGGGACGAGCAGACAGAUGCUGGAGAGGACGACUUGGGGGAGGAUGACGCGGAGGCCGACGAGACACCUCCGCAGGGCCACACAGACGAUGAAGAGAGAGAUGACGUUCAUGAGAGCCGCAUGGGGGGGAGCGUUGACUGGAAGAUAAGCUUUGAGGGAGAAGGUCUCGAGGUGACGCUAGCUCGGUGGCCUUUUCUGACGCCCCUGGCGAGCGGUGGAUGGGAUCGGGUGAAUUGCUUCUUCGUUCGAGGAGCGGAGGACGCGAAGCAGACGACCGCCGCGAGCCUGACUCUGAAGCAGGUCUUUCUUUCGCUGGCGCAGACGCCCAUGUCAUCGGGCGCUAGCGGCUCCGGUCAGGUUCAGCCUUUCGUGUCCCCCUUCGCCGUUAACCUGUCUUUUUCGCAUUCCUCUUCGUCGCCGCCGCUGGUGGAGCUUUCGGUUCCGACUGCCGUCAGCAUUGACCUCACCCCCUCUCUGCUGCCACUCUUGCUCCUCCUUCCCGACGACUUUUUCUCCUUCGUUCCUUCGCAAGCCGCUACGGCGGCCCUCUCCCCGACCCCUGCGGAAGCCUCAUCGUCGGCCUCUCCGUCCUCUUCCGCGCCUCGUGCUGAGCGCGUGGCGGCGAGCUCUCUUUUGCCCUUGUUCGUCUAUAAGCCGCUCGAGGGCCUCGACGAGCAACUCGAGGCUCCGCUGCGUGCGUCCGGGGCGGGCGCGGCGGCAGCUGCGUCGUCUUCGCCUUUCCUCUCGCACGCGUCCUCUGCAUGCCCGAGUCGGUUCGGCUCGUGGAGGCCUGGAGGCGCUGGAGCCGACCUGUCGGCGUUCCCCCUGCGCCGCAGUUCAUCCUCUCUGAGCCAGCAGGCGCGGCGGCGCGAGGACGAGAAGGGGCGGGACAAGGCAGGGCAGGUCGUCCAGUACGGCGCGGCUGGGGGCCGCGAGCUAGACUUUCGGCCUCAUCAUCCGCCGUCCUUCUUCUCGGCGCUCUACCCGGCGUCUUCGCUGUCGUCGCGGCGCGCAGCUCCACUGUCGAGGCACCUGGGCGCCAAGCCGUGCGCCACCGCCCCUCCGUUCCUCUCCUUCCUCGCACCGUCGCCGCACCUUCGACAUGCUGCGCGACUCGACGCUUCGCGGCCGCUUCUCGGCUGGCUGCGCGGGGCGGCCGCGUCUCCCUCGUCCUUCUUCGCGUCGGCGUUUCCACCUGCCGCCGCUCCACACUUGCUGUCAGACAAGCGACCUCUGGCGCUGUCCCGCGAGCGGAGCCGCACAGACGGAGGCGGCAGCGACGCGGACGACGGCCUUCGCAGGCCUGACGCGCGUGCCUCGCCUGCGCCGCCGUCCGUGCACUGGGGGGGGUCGCGGAGAGAGAGUGAGGACGGUUCAGGUGAGACGCUGCGGGCACAAGACGGCGGGCAGCUGGAGAGGAACGAGAGAGCGCAGUGGGAAGACGAAGAAGUCGCUGGGCUCAGAAACCGCGGCAACUGCGAACUCCCCGUCCUCGCCUGCUACGAUAUACGCCAAGUGCCGGGAUACUCGCUCCCGGCUUACAGAGAGGACACGUGCUGGCUGCGAAACACGAGCUGCCACGUCCUUCUUUACCGCGCCGUGGCCGCUUCGCCGCACAUCUCGAGCUCUGGCCAGGAAGGCGUGCUGCCUCCGGGUGCGGAGGUCCUCUUGCACCACUACCUGUCUCUGGCCUCGCUGACGCUCUCGCGCGCGGACGAUCCGGCUUAUAUUCGAGAACUUUCGCUGUCGGCGCUGCGGCAGGGCGGCGGGCGCGCGUGCUUCCGCCGGCGCUGGAGGCGGUUCGUCGGAGGCGAGGCGGAGAGACAGGAGACACAGGAGCGUCAGGCGCGGCAAAGGUUCAGAGAAGAACGUGACCAUGAAAGGCGAGCUCUCUUGAGAGAAAGGAAGUCGACGCGAAGGCUAGGAACCCCGGCGGCGACCGACGAGGCGAGAGACGCGUUUGCUAGAAGAGCGCUCGCGCGCACAGAGUCCGGCGGACGGGGAGAACGGUCCCCGCGUGGGCACCGACGAAAGCGCGAGGUCGAGGAGGAACGCCACAGGAGAAAAGGCAGAAGCGGGGACGAAGACUUGACGGCGAUGGAAACGACCGAAAGAGGCACGCGCGUCCUCAUUCUGGGGUGCCCCCUGAGAAUAUGCAGUCAGCUCAACCUCCCAAUCGAGGUCAUCUUCCUUGCAGAAACGGAUGCCACAGCGGACUGGCUGUGCAAGCUGAUGCCCCACGAGUGUCAGUCUGUCCCGCUGAACGCGGCGGCGUCGAGCGUGAGCCUGAUCGUCCGCAUGCAGAGCGAGACGGGGCCAGUGUGGACGGGCUCUUGGAACUUCCGCGAGGCAACGGCUUCGCGGAAAACGCCUUCCGCCGACAGACGGAAGCUGGGCACCUGCGAGAUCCUCACGGCCUGCGUCUCCUCGAAGCGAACCUUCGUGUGCGGCGUGCGAUGCGACCGCGUGGACCGAGGCGCUGCCUUGCUCGUCACGCUCUUCGAGCCCGUCACCCUCGUGAACUACCUCCCCAACCCGAUUUCGUUCUGCGUAGUUCAAGACUAUCCGCGGCGCGUGUCGGAAGAGACGUUGCCCGGCGCCUCCAAGAAGGGGUCGACGCUGUUCGACUGGAACAAGCCUUUGGCGCUCAGGCUCCGCUGCCCUGGUGGCCUCUGGAGCACUGCGCUCAGCGUGUCGCUCCCGCCCUCGUCGGUCUUCAACGCGGCCAACUCCGAGAGGGACGACGCGAAGAGCCGCCGCAAGCGUAGAGCGCGACAGCGGCGAGAGCGCGGGGGCCGCAGGAGGAGCACUGAGGGCGACGCCAAGGAAGGAAGUCGAAGAAAGCGGCACGCGGCUCUGCUGCAAGGCCCGCCGUUCUUCGCGCCUUCAUCGGCGUCGUAUUCCUACUCGUCUCGCAGCUCGUCGCCGUCGCGUCCUUCUCCGUCUGCUUCGCGGUCUUCCUCACUUCUUGCGUCGCCUCCUUCGCCUGUCCAUGGCGUCCGCUGCGGCUCUCCAUCGCCGCACCUAUCGGCAACUUGGAGCUCCCUGUCGCCUUCUUCCCGUCCGUCGUGGGGGGUGUCCCUUCUUCGAGUUCCGCAGUCGACUCCGCGUCGCCCUUCUGCGUCUUCGCAUGUGUCAUCAUCUCGUGUUUCGCCUCACUCGCUUCGCAAAAGCCGGACGGAGUCUCGCUCCUCUUCGGCCUCUUCGUCGUCGUUGUGGGAACGCCGAAGAGACGUCUUUUGCGACGAGAGCGAGCGCGGGGCCGAAUGGGACUGGCCUGCGACCCGACGCGGUGUCUCGCUGGACUGGAGCCGCGACGGCAGGGAGAAGACCGCUGCCUCGGUCUCCCCUGCCUUCCGGCUUGAGGCGACAGCCCCGAAGCGUGGUACUCGAGAAGAAGAGGAUGAGAAAGGGAGCACAUCGGGCACAGACGAAGAGGAAGACGAAGACAGCGACGCAGGUCUAUUGACGCCUUCGCGCAGUUCGCGCGAGCGCCGCAGACGGUGGAAGCAGGAGCACGUGGUGACGUUGCUGUGGCGGGAGAAAGACCGACCUUCUCUGGAGAUCCUCGUCACCGCCGAGUAUGACGGGUGUGCACUCGUCCUCAGCUGUCGCUCCCGUUUCUGGUUCAUCAACUUCACUUCGCUCCCUCUCGAGUACUGCCCUGUGCUUCACACGCCUUCUGUGGCGGACAGUGUCUACGGGGAUUCUGUCGCGCUCGCGCCCUCGCCUUCGUUCUCCUCUGUCGCCUUCACGGACCAGAGGCUCGCGGCGACCUUCCAGAGAAUUGAGCGUCUCUUUCUGCUCAAUAGUGUCUCUGGCCUGCCGGGAGGGCCCUCGCCUCCUCCCCGUCCCCUUUACCAGGCCGGCGGGCGCGACGGAGGGGAGCGGAGACAGUCGAGCGCGCGACAGGGGAAGGAUGCCAGACGCGGCUCGGAGGCAGUAGUUGGAGAGCGACAAGCGACGCAUAAGAGACGUAAACGUGGGUCGUCGGACUCGUCCUGCUCUGCCUCGUCACCCUCGCCAUGCGUUUCGACCUCGUGCUCCUCUUCGUCGGACGCUGAAGGCGCCACGAAGCGAAGGACGAGAGGUGAAGGAAGCGCCACGGGGAAGCGCAGAGCGCGGGGCGAAGGCACGCAACCUUCGUCCCCUGGUGCGAUCGCCUUUCCGCGCUUCCACUCUUUCUCUCACACAGGCUUUCUCCUGAAGACUGGGACGCGCGCUGGCUACACGCGCGAGUUCACCAUUCUCUGCGCGAAGCGUCGCAAGCGCGCCGGGUUGUGGGGACCUGUCUGGGGCUCAGGCGCCCCGCCGCCCGGGCUCGAGGAGACGCGGUCGCGCGACCGCACGCCGCCGCGAGGAGACAGGGGGGGCACUGUCUCCGACGGAGACGCCGAAGAGCGGCGCAGACGUGAGCGGCGCAAGAGGCGCGCGCGGCAAAGACAUCAGGGGGACCCGGAGGGCGCGGGACGUCGUCAUGAGUCUCCCGUCCCUGGCGUGGGCGAUGGGGAGAGUGACAUCGAGAUGGAAAGAGGGCGAUCCAGAAGAAAACCAGACGACGCGGAGGCGCUUUCGUCCGAUGACGAGAAAGAAGUCGUCGCACGCGCUGCGGUGGACGUGGCGCUCGCCCCUGGCGUCGAUAUCGUGUACUCCUGCAAACGCCUGGGACCCGAGUAUGGAUCGCCUGUAGUCGUGACUUUCACGCCGAAGGAGGUAAGAAGCAAUCGACGCAGGCGCCACGGAUGCUCCUUAGGGCAAGGCGUAUCGUGUGUGUUGCCUCGUUUGGCCAUAAGUGCUCGCCGUCGCUCUCGGUUGACUGUCCCCGCGCAUGCUUCCGACGCAGAGCGACUUGCUUCGUCUUCUCUCUACAUGCUUCUGCCGAGAAACCAAUUGCAGGCGGGGUGCGCGUUUGUGGUUGGAUAUGGCUUACGUGCGGUGCAGGUUGUCGUCAAUCGCUGUCCGUUCCCGAUUGAAUACAAGCAGCUGCGUGCGCCUUCGUCGGACAUUGCGGUCCUGCAGCCCGGGCAAGCGAAGCAGCUCGUCUGGCCCGUGGCUCUCCAGCCGCAUCUGCUCUGUGUGAGGCGGACCCUCAGCCUCCCGCACCCUGCUUUCUUUCUGGCGGCGGAUCUUUUGUCUCCUCUUGGCUGCGGCUCUCUCGGCUCUCUCUUCAGCUCCUCCUUCUUUUCUUCGUUCCCCACAUCCUCUCCCUGUUCUUCAUGUCGCCGCGCGGUCAAUUCGAGCCGAGGGAUCUCAGGUUUGCCCAACGCCUCGUGUUCCUGCGGGACACACACGGUUGGGGCGGAAGGAAGAAGAACAGUCAGGAGGCAGGACGACCCGACCGGUGGCACGUUUGGGGAUGACUUCUGUUCUACCGGGGGAGCGCAUCCGCGUGUGUUCUCUGCUGUUCGUCUCGGCGCAAACGAGGAGGCCAAAGGCGGUUUUUCGUCGGAUCUCGAGAGGCGCAUGUUCACUGAGCGCUGCUUGACAAUCCUCUGCACAGUGCAGGGCUACCGGAGCCUGUGGUCUGUGCCGCUAGACGUCUCCGCGUGUCUCGACGAGCAGCUCCUCGUCUACUGCAAGCCCCCAGGGAAAGCGGCGGAGCCGCCCUCUGCCUUCUCGCUUUUCAGAAACCGUGCGCCGGUCUUUUCUCGCCUCUCGCGGUCGCGCGUGCCGUCGCCGUCUCCGCCCGUGCCGACUGCGCACGUGGAAGCUCCGGGGUCAACCGUGGCCCGGCCGGCGAGCCCAGAGCGGAGGCGAGACGGAAGGGUGGAGAGUGAGGAUCGAACCUUGGAGGCUGACGCGCGGGAAUUUGAGAGUCGUUCAGAGGACGCGAGAUCAGCCGGCCGUCGUGUCCCGCGGACUCCUCGGGGUGAUGCGGCGGGUUCUACAGAUACCACGCACACGGCCGGAAGGCACGCAGAGCCUGUUGCUCGUUCGCCUGCGCCGGUGUUGUCUUUCGUGCCUUCGGUAUCGUCGCUUCUGACUCUUCGUCAGCAUGUGGAUCUUGUGCGGGUCCGCGUAGUGGAGCGAGAUGGCGUGCGGUUUGUCAUUCUCUCCUCGCCGUUCUCUUUUCCGUCGCGGAGGCGCCCUGGCUCGGAUGUCCUUCCUCUUCUGCAUCCCCUGCUUAACCGCGUUCCGUCGCUCUCUCUGCAGCGCUUUGCUGACCUGCUGCGCCGUCGCCUCCUGCCUCACCUGCGUCCUUCGUUGCCUUCGCUCCUUCCUCCCUUUUCGUUUUCGCCGCCGGGUUUCAACGGGCCGCAGGGACCGGGAGACAAAGAGACGGGCGAGAGGGCACGGAGGGCGAGAGACGCGGCGGCGCAGGCACAAGGGCGAACGGCCGGGGCGCUGGCAGGCCCGAGGUGGCGCGGCCGACACGACGAAGGAGAGCAGGAACUAGAGGGGUCGCUGUCGACGCGUCUGGAAGACGAAGACAAAAACUGCAGACGCCUGAGCCAGGCGCGUGUUGAGGAGGAAGCAGCGGCAACGCAGCUCGUUGCCUGGGAUCGCGAAGAGGCAAGCCGCGAGCUCAGUGCCUGCCAGAGCGACGCGGAAGAUGCCGAAACGUGCUCACCGAGGUUCGUGGUGACGAACAAAUUAAUUCUGCCUGUGUUCUUGAAUCAAAAAGGAAGGUGUCACGGCCCUGUCGAACUCCCCGCGUGGUCCUCUUCCACCUUCGCCCUCGACGUUCCCUCAGGCAGCAAGACGCUUCAACUGGCUGUGAAGAAGACCUUCUGCGCAUACAUCCCGCAGCCCUCGGCUGCCGGCGUGUCCUCCGGCGAGAGAAGGAAAGUCCGAAGCGGGAUCGCAACCGAGCGAGGCAGCGGGAGACAGAGAGAGCGACGCCGAAGGAGCGAAGGGGAGACGCUGUCGCGGGGUCAGGCGGAGCGAACCAACGAGCAAGGGAGCGGUAUGCGCCGAGGCGACAAACGGCGCAGGCAGCAAACAGCCGCAGCGGAGGAGACGGUUGACCGCAACGAGGUUCGCGAUAGAAGACCUGCGCGAGAAGACGAAAUGGAGGAGGGGCGCGGAAAGCAGCGACAGGAUGGCGGGACUUCGGAAUUGCCUGUAAACACGCUCUCUGACGACCACAUGCCACUAACGAGGCGCUCAGCCUCUUCCUCCCUUUCCUCAGAUUCGCCCAGGGGCACGGGCGCAGUAGGCGGUGUGGAGCUCGCAGCCGCAAGACAAGCGGUCGGUAGAGAAGGCAGCGACCAGAGGGACUCAUCGAGAGGAGAUGGGAGCGGCUGCGCAGAUGAGACGGAGACAGCGGAGCGAGAUUUGGAGCCGCCCCUGUCUCUUGAUCCGAGGUCUCCGAGCGCGGAAGAGAGCGCUGGGUCUCUCCCACCGGCGGAAGGCACCACGCAGCAAAAAGUGGAAAGCGGUCAAGAACUGAAAUGCUCAGAGUCAACUCAAGGCGGCGGCGCGAUGUUGCCGGGAGAGCGGGAAGGACGCGAAGCACCUUCUGGAGCAGAUGUCGAGGGCCUGGGGUGCUCCUCCUUGUGCACAGACGGCAGCUUUUCGCUCGGAUGGUUUCCGGCGAAGACCAGCCAGCAGCGAAGCGACGACGCACACAUCGAAGACACGGCUUCUACCGCUGAACAGCGAGCAGAGUCAGACGAGGAGGAGGAAGACGACGCCGCGGACGAGGACGUAGAGCGGGACGAAGAACUCGGGCAGUGGCAGUCACUCUAUGAAGCUGUCGAGGAAGAAGAAGCGACUCACGUCCUUGAUAUCGAUCUCGGCACAGAAGCCACGUUGCCCUUCACAUUCACGUUCUGCUUCCUCGCGGCCAAUCUGCAGGCACGGACAAAGCGACGCCACGAAGAAGACGAGAAAAACCGAACCGAAAGGCUCGAAAAGGAGCGGGCGGAGAAGCGAAGCGGAACGGAGGCAGCAGCACGAGAAGCGGGGAUGUCUCACGCCGUGUGUGAGUCUUCAGUCUCCUCCCUCCAGGUCUCUGCCAUGUCUUCCUCAGCGGACGCGCCUCCCGCCCCACGCAGAACGCCUAGCGUAUCGCUUCUAGUGCCUGACCACUCGCCUCUCGCUCGCAAUCUCGAGGUCGCGAUGUCUCAGCGAGAUUCCUCCAGCUCCUCUGCCUCGAACUGCGAGGCUCUCUCAGGCGACGCCGAUGACGACGAGGAGAGCGACGGAGAUCUCACGACUAACGAGCUUCACGCCGACGCGGUGCCAGCUGCUCAGGACGUGCGGAAAGGAGCGAACGGAGGCGCGGAGGCAGUGGCACCCUCGCCUAGCAGCCAAGAAGCGCACCCGAAAACAGACGCGUGCGCCAGCGCCGAUGACGACGCGCAGCGGCCGCUGUCGCCCGUCGCGUACGGCCUCGGCUCUCUUCUGCGUUCUCCAGAGGCAGACAAAAGCAGUGCGAAGGCAAGCGAGAGAAAAGCUGAGAAAGAGAACGCCCAUGUGCGCCGAGACGAGGGAGUCUCCGCUAUGGCUGAGGCGACGGUUUCCACAGAGGAACGGCCAAGCGAUUCAGAGACGGGUUCGUCUUCUUCUCCGUCGCGCUCCGCUGUGGAGCCUUCUGAACGCUCUUCUCCCUCGUCGCCCUCCCCUGCCUCCUCCUCUUCGUCAGCCUCGCCCCUGUCUCGCGCGGAGGGGUUCCUCUCUCGGGCUUGCUCGGUGCUUCGUUUGCUGCCUGCGUCGCGGCACCUGCUGCUUUCUCGCUCGUCCUCCUGGCAGCUCUUUUCGUACGUCGGCGCCAUUCGCGUGCGCCGCAGAGGCGUCACGGUUUUCCUCUCAGUCUCUGGUCGCAUUUUCCCGCGGCAGCCGUUCAGUCCGCAGGCCUUCCUUCCCUCGGUCGACACCUUGGAGGUCGCUUUUCCUCAUCUGGCCGCGGCCUCUCGCGCUCUCUUCAGAGGCGAACGCGAGAGGCACCGCGGCGCCGCAGACGCGUCCAAGCCCGGCAAAGAGUGCCGCCCGCGCGACGCGGAGAUCCAGAAAAGCGACGGUGUCUUUUCUCGCCUGCGAGAGGCGCUCCACGGCGAAGGGACGGAAGCGAGAGAGAAAGGAGGCCGCGCGGGAGACGCGCGACUCCAGCCGAGAGCGCACAAGGAGGAGCGGCAGUCGUCAAGCGGGAGACAGAGACGGCGCAAGAGGGCUGCUUUGCCUGAGUCGUCUGGUGUUUUCUUUCUCGCGCCGCAAGGGAGUCCGCUGACCCUGGGACCCGAGUAUCGGCGCUUUCUGUGGCUGUCGAUUCUGCAGCGAGAAGAAGAGCGAGCCCAGCGGUUCGAGCAGUCUUUGUCUCCUGGCGGCGUCUGCUCCUUCGCCCUGACGAGUCGGCCUCCGAGGCGGGACGCAGACGACGGACUGUGUUCUCCUCGCGCCGACAGGUCAAGUAAACAGGAGCAAGGCACUUCGCCCCUUCUUGCCCUUUUCCAGACCGCUGCAAUCUCCAUUCACUUCAAGGCCAUCAUCUUCACGCUCUCGCUUCGUCCCUCUCUCCCUCCUCAUGUCCGCAGCUCACCCGCCUCGUUCCCCUGCGCGCCAUCCCCCCCCCCCCUGCCUUCGCCUCGUGCGCUGCGUGGGGACGUGGGCCGCGCGGGCUUCGCGGCCUCGCCGGCGGGGAGUGCGACGCGCGGCGUCGCCUCUCCUCUCCCUCUUGCGGCUCUUCCCCCCUCGUCCUUUUUCGCGCCGUCGCCCGCGUCUGGCUGCCCGCCUGCGAGCGUCGAGCACGCACGCGGCGCCGACGAGCAGGUCUCGCCCGCUCGCCUCGGCGGCGGCGGCGCGGUCUCUGCGACGCGCGCGACAGACGGCGAGCCCUUGGCUGCGGCCUCGCGCGUGUCCAGCGACGGGGGCGGGCGGCACGGCUCCGCGCCGCCGGCUGCGCAUGUCGUCGUUGUGACUGCGGCGGCGCAGCUGCAGCCGCCAGUGCAAAUCGUCCUCACGGGCCUCGGCCUCUACGCGCAGGCCGUGACAGACACGGAGGGCGAGGAGACAGGCUCAGCAGAUUCCGGGCACUCGAUCGCGCCGCCUCGUCGUCAGGGUCCCCAUCCAAAGCAUCGGCAGCCACUCUCGCGCUCCUCGUCUUCGUGGCUUCAGAACUCCUCCGACGUGUCUCUUGGAUCUGCCUCUAGUCGCCCGCCCGUGGGAGGACGGGCUCCGAACGAUAAACCUCCUUGGCCACGUCCGCCGUCCUCAGCUUCGUCCGCUGUCCGUCGCGCGGCGCUGGAGCAAGGCGCGAAGGGAGAGAACACGCCUAACGAGGAGGCGCCAGCGAGCCGCGUGGUGAGUUUGGGCCGCGGCGAAAGGCGAGAAGACACGGCGACUCCGCUCUCUUCGUUUUUAGAGUGGGGAUGCGUGCCCCUGUCUGCAGCCUCAAGGCGCCGGGCGCUCGCGCUUCUUGCGCCUCCUGCCUCCUCCGCUGCUCAGUCUCAGUCGCGGAAGCCUCGCGUCAUUCGUCGCUUCCACCUGACGUUGGCGUCCCUCGAUGUUUUCUGCCGCUCGUCGCCGUCCGCGACGCUGCUCUCGUCCUCCGCGUCUCUUCACCACGUCCUUCGGCCCUCUGCUUCCUCCGCUGCUUCCCCCGCUGCAAGCAGAGACGCGCGACGGCCGCACCGCGAGCGUCAGGCCGAUGCGAAGCAGAGCGAGCGACUCCGCGUUUCUCGGCGAGGCUUCGAGAAGGCAGGCAGCGCGAGAGAAGGCGAGAGGGCGACGCACAAGGACGAGUGCUCGCCGAGGGAGAAAGACGAAGGCCGAGGGACGUGCUCCUGGACUGCAAGGUGGCUCUGGGGAGGAGGCGGAGACGAGCCGGCGCCCCGGGAGACAGCGGCGAGCGCGCAGGCGGACUCAGCGAACACGGCGACGCCCAGUGGGGCAAGAAGUCUGUUUUCUCCACUCAGCUGGGCCGCAUGCAGGGCGGCGGCCGAGGGGACUUCGUCGCGGUCACCUCCGCCCGACGGGCGGCGACGGCGAGACGAAGGAGAGGAGCCGCGGGCCGCGCGGGUGCAGCCAACGGCGUCGACAGGAACUGGCGCGCGGUCGCGGCGAGGCAGCGCCAGCCAUCCAGGGCGCCGCCCAACGUCGCCACCCGAGCCCGCAGGCGUGCUGCACGUGCUCGUCGAUAUCGACCUGGCGGCGAGCAGGAGCGGCUUCGCGGGCGAAGAGCAGCACGAGGCAGGCAGUGCGUCGGACGAGGAGGAAUUCACGCUGAACUGUGAGCGCGACGCGAUGUCUGCUGUCUUCUUUUUCACCGCUUCCUCCCCGUCUCCAGUCGAGGCCGGCAGUCAGGACCCCCUGCCCGCGGUCGCCUUGCCUCGGCACACGUGCGUGGCCUGGCGAAGAAACAGGCACGCGGGCGCCUCGCCCAAGCCUCCCGCCAGAUGCUCCUUCGAUCGCUUGUCUCUACUCGUGCCUCCCGCAAACGCGCCGGCCUCGGGACUUUCGUGGAAGGAGUACGUCCUUCCUCUGCUUCGUGCUCGUCCGAGCACGGCAGUCCGAAGGCGCGAAUCCGAAUCGCCGCGCGAAGCUGAUGGCGCUGCCGCCCCCUCUCUCUCUCCGCAUGCGCGCCUGUCGCGUCUCCUUCCACCCUUGAUUUCCAGCGCGAGUCUCUCUCGCCUGCCCCCAGAGGCGCGGUCGCUGGGCGCGAGGCUCCGCGACGCCCUGCGCGUGAAGCGCAGCGCUCGUGGGCCGGUGAGCCGGCGCUGUCGAGAAGAGAGGUGGCUGAGCAUCCGUCACUGCGUUCUGUCUCUGUCUCCGCUGACGAUGCGUCUCGACUUCAACCUCCUUUUCUCCGUCCUCGAGCCACUGGGCUCGGCGUUUGUGCGUCGCUACUCGCGGUUCGUUCAGCAGGAGUCAGAGCGGCGCUCGCGGGCACUCCACGUUGCGUCGGCGACGAGGGAGGAUUCCUGGGCACGAGCGUCACGAGGAGAGCGAGGCAGCCCUGCGAAAGCAGCUGGUUUCGAAGACGGACGGCCCCGAAGACGACGAGAACUCGAGGCCGAAGAGGCGACGUACGACUCAACUACGCGACGGCGCAGAGUCGGCUCGUCCAGGGCGGCGAUAGCGAGACGAGCCGAGGGAGAUGCAGCGACGCAUAUGUGUGUCCCUCUCUCCGUAUCUUCAGCGUCGUCCUUAGCUCGUGGUGCUGUAGGGGAUGCGUCCACGGCUCUGCUUUUCGACUUGAGCAGCUUUCCCGACUGGUGCAUUCUCCCGCUGCCGACGGAAGCGGAUCUCGCGCAGGCGGUGCACUUCUCCAUUGGCCUCCUCUGGGUGAAGGAGAUCUCUGUGAACCUCUCCGUGAUGCGGCUCUUCCGCGUCGUCACCUUCAACGAGGCUGAGUUUCGGUGGACGCCCCUCCAGCUGCGCUCAGCGUGGAUCGACUUGCGAGGCGUCCUCGAGAUCUUCGCCGCCCACUACCAGCGCCAACUGCAGCAGCAGUGGUACCAGAUGCUUCUCUCCUUCGACCUCGUGGGCCGUCCUAUCUCGCGACUGCGGAAGUUCUGGAAUUCGGUAGGAGUCAUUCCUGGGCUACGCCAGAGUCGCAGACGAGAAGGAAGGCGUCCGGGAUUCGGACGCGAAGGAGGAACGCCUCGUGAGAAGGAGUCUUCAGAGGACUUCUUUUCCUACACGCAUCUUGAAAGACUUUGUUUCCUACGCACGGCCCUUGUUAAGCGGGUAGUUCCCCGUGUCUCUUCCAGGCGUCAGAGCAGGUCUCUGCGUCUCGACGCGUUUUUGAGACUCGCGCCUUCGUCUGGAGCGUCGGUCACAGCGCGUGUUGAGGGUAUUCUCUAUGGCUACGUGUGUGAACCCUUUCUGUUUUUGCAGCUUUUCCGCGGCGUCCUGCGCCUGGCGCCGGUGGACUUAAGUUACCCGUUCUCAGGCGUUGACGAGGGGGUGUAUCCGUACACAAGCUUCAACAUUCAGAAGCUUCUCGCGCUCGUUUACUACACGUUUUCGUUCCAGCUAUCCCGCUUCCGGAACCAGCCCCCGCCGCUGCCGCCUCCGAUCCUGAAGGCUCUUGCUCCUCCCCUGCCGCUGCCGUCGUCCUCUGCGCUGAUCGCCCCGCUCUCGCCGUCGCUGUCGCCCACCUCGUCGUCUCUGCUUGCCCCCGCAGACGCCUCCUCGCCUUCCCUGUCUCUCCUGCCUCCGUCGCUGUCCCCCUCGUCCUCGCUAGCCCGCCUUCUUCCUUCGUUCUCUUCUUCGUCCCGCCCCGAAGUUGCAGGAGGAGAGCGCGAAAGGCGGCCUGCGUUGAGAGACCCCAGGGGCGAUGAAGACGAAAGAGGCCAGCAGACGUGGGAGGCAAAAGUCGCAGGCGCGUCAGCGGAAGACGGGCAGCGACGCAAUGCAGAUGAUGACACCAGCGACCCCAGUGAGGCGGAACUUGAUGGGCGAGCUGCUACUGAGGCGAACGGAAACCUUUGGAGAGACGCGAACGGCGUCUUGAGAUCCAGGUCGAAUGAGCUGGCGUUCGCCUCAUCCGAGGGGCGAGACAGGCAUGCCGCUACAGCGGCUUCGUCGCACGCCUCGUCUGUCUCGUCUUCUGUGAGCUUUGUGUUUUCGCCUCCACCGUUCUUGCACUCUUCUUCCUCCCUCCCCUCUGACGUCUUGCAUCCCUCCGACCGCAGUAGCGGGGUCCGGACGGUUGCGGCGAGUCCGGCGGGGGAUGCUCCAGUACCAUCCUCCUCUCUGCCUUCUUUUUCGGCCUCGUACUUUUCUUCUCGGUUGCCUUCGUCUUCGUCAUCGCACUCUGCGUCCUCUACCUUCUACCCGUCUCAUGUUCUUGUAUCGUAUCCGCCAGGCCCACUCUCUGCAGGUCCCGCAGACGAGCGUGCCCUUCCCCCUGCCACUGUGGUCUCCACGCUGUCGCCGCUGCUGUCGCCUUCGGGGCCUUUUUUCUCUUCGCUCUCUUCUCACCUCUCGUCCUCGCCUCAGGGCAGUCCCGUGGCGUCUCAGCCCGAGGGGGCGGACGGCGAUCGAUCCUUUUCUUUGCAUGUCCAUCAAAGUACCAGCGAAGAAAACGGAUGGCGCGGCGGCGGUCUCUCCGCAUUCGCGAAACGGCUUUCAAAGGGAGGUGCGUCGCAGGAGUCUAGAGCGUCCAACGCUGCGCGACCGCAGCCCGACGAUUUCCGCUCUCCGGCGUCUUCGCCUCCGUAUUCUCAGGGCCUUGAUCCAGUUCCCGUGGCGCCACUGGGGACGCUCGCCAACGGGAGCACGGACGUCUGCGAGAGACGUAAAGAGACAGCGAAGGAGAGACGGAGGCAAGGGGAGGACGACGAGCCAGGUGAAGAAAGAGAGGCCAACCUACGGAAGACAAGGAGGCACCAGAGGCUGUGGCUCAAUUCCACUGAAGCGAAAGACAAGAACAGAGACGGGGUCAGCGUCGCGUAUGCCUUUCAUCCGGUAUCUGCGUCGCGGGCGCAUGCAUUUUCUGUCUCGUCACCGUCUGGCUACUACUCUCCUGGGACGGCGACGCCAGCGCGACGCCCUCACGGGACCGCCGACGCGGAGCGACGACGCGAACGCGAAAUUGAAAAAUCGCGGGUGAGGCACUCGAACGCGGCCCCAGACGAAACGGCGAGAGGCCGCGCGGGUGCGUCGCGUGCCGCCGAGGUCCGAGACGGGCGUGGUGCAGAAGCGAACGCCGCGGACGAAGCCUGGAGGGGAGGCGGUAAGGCCGCUCGAGGCGCCAGCCCCCGAAGAGGAGUCCGAGAUAGUCUCCGCAUAUCCGCAGCGGAGCUGGCGCACGCGGAUGACGCUGAGGCACGCUCGAGACGCCGAGGGCGAACGGGCGAAGACGCCGCGCUUUCCCCCGCGCGUCACGCCGAUCGCAGCAAGCCCCGGAGAAAGACAGGCGAGAGAGGCUACCGAGGCCGAGGGUCCACGGAGAGAGCAGAGACGAAACUCGGGAGUAGGGCCUCUGCCCUGGAACGCGGCGCGUUUGUCCUCGCACGCGAAGACUCCAUGGUGUCGCUGCCGCCCGAGGAAUCCGAGGCUAGCAACGAAGAACUGCAGUUGCCCCUGAGUCGCUUGUCUUCGUUGGCAGAGGCGCGGAAUGCGCCUCUCUCAGGUUCUUUGUUCGGCGAGGAUCGCGAGGCAGCUGCGCCGGCCUGGAGUCUGCCAGACAAGCGACAUUUCGUCGCCUCGUCUGGGCAUUCUGCGUCGUCUGCUUCCGCCGGAGCACGUCCUGUUGCUAGAAAGCCGCCCCGCGAAGAAACCACAGGCCACGACAGCGACGCCGACGUGCCGAGGGUAUUUGAAGGCACCGUUUUCUCUGCUCCAUCUGCGGCGUCUCUCGCGCCCUUCCCUCGCGUCCCCUCACGCCCGGAAGCUCCUGCGAGGCCCGCCGAAGGCCGGCGCUCAGGCGACGAGGGCGUUCAGAAAGACGCGGAGGAGAGAGAAAGCAAAGGAGCGCGACUGCCGCAGCCAGGCGCGCAGACGAGCGCCUCCUUCCGCCAGGGCCUGGAGAGCCCGCCGGCAGUGCGUCGGCGGCCGUCGGACGACUUCACGAGGGGGGACCGGGCAACGUGUGAAGAUAAAAGGGAAGCCACAGUCGGCGCCGAAUGCAGAGAAGCAAGCGAGCUCGGUUUCGGGGCUUCGCAGAAGAACGCGAGACACACCCGUGAGACAGGAGCGCCGGCGUCCGCUCGCAUGUCGCCUCUUGUUUCCCAGGAGGAGGACUCCCAGCUGCUGGACGCCGAGCUCGCCUCCUGCUCGCGUAGUUGGCCGCCUCCGUCGCUCGGCUCUGCAGAGUCGCUGGGCUGGCUGGUGGUGCCGGCGCCGCCUCCACGCUGCACAGGUCUGUCGCUCUCGCCGCGCUCGCUCGCGCCCGUGGGCGGGGCUCUUUCGGCAGGCGCGCUUCCGCGAAGGUCUCUCGUGAGAGGCGGAGAGAACCAGAGGGCGGACACCGAAACACGAGGGCAGGAGGCAAGGCGGCAGAGGCGAGAGGGAGCGACGACGCGACCGCGAGCGGAGGCGAGAGCUGAGAGCGAGAAGGCCAGCAAACAGAGACUACUCGACAAGGCGAAGCCAGAUACGAGCGAAAGGCGAGACGCCAAGAGGCUAAGCGAAGAAGAGACGGAAGACAGUUCCUGGCAUCUAUCCUUCUAUCCCUCAGUUGCUCAAGUCCCGCAGGACUUACUCGGGUGGGAGGCGAGGCCUCCAGUCCCCCGAGGAGUCCGCCGUCUGUCGAGCGACGAGUGA